AUGGCGUUGCGGGCGAUGCAGACGCUGACGCGCACCGUGCGCAUGGCGCCAGCUCAGUCGACCGUGGCUCGUCACAUGUCAGCCGCGACUCCCGCUGCUGGCGAGGCUCAGAAGAAGAGCAACGUGAGCUUUACCGUCGAUGCCGAUGGCAUCGCGACCGUCGUCUUUGACCAGCAGGGCUCCAAGGUCAACACCCUCUCCAUGGACAUGAGCGAUGAAGUUCAGCGUGUCAUGCAGCAACUCGAGUCGGACCCCAAGGUCCGCGCUUGCGUCAUCACCUCGGGCAAGCCUGAUUGCUUCGUUGCCGGCGCCGAUAUCAACAUGUUCACCCGCUGCAAGACUCAGGAGGAUCUCAUCAACAUUUCCAAGCCUGCGCAAGACAUGUUCCUCAAGUUUGCCCAGUACGUCAUUCUUAAUUUUACGUUGACCUCCUCUGAGAUCCUGUUCAAGCUCACGUGGCACGUGUCUCCUCGCGUUCUUGGCGAUGCUCGUAGGGGCAAGCCCAAGGUGGCGGCUAUCCACGGUACCUGCAUGGGUGGUGGUCUAGAACUGGCUUUGGCCUGCGACUAUCGCAUUGCCACUGACCACCCCAAGACAGUCAUGUCCCUCCCUGAGGUGAUGCUGGGCAUCUUGCCCGGUGCGGGUGGCACCCAGCGCCUGCCGGCCCUCGUCGGUCUUCAGGCAGCACUCCCCAUGAUGCUUACGGGCCAGCGCAUCAAGGCGAAGAAGGCCAAGAAGAUGAAGCUGGUGGACCAAACUGCCGAUCCCUUUGCCCUCGAGUCUGCCGCCAAGCAAGCCGCCAAGGGUCUGGCUGAUGGCAAGCUCAAGCCGAACCGCGAGGUCAAGGGCUUGCAAAAGCUGAUUCGUUACUUUGUCGAGGACGUCGAGUACACCCGCAACCUGGUUUUCAAGAAGGCCCGCGAGCAGGUCAUGAAGCAGACCAAGGGCGUGUACCCCGCUCCCCUCAAGAUCAUUGAUGUGCUGGAGACGAGCGCCAAGCAUGGCUUUGGCUCACCCGAGGGCUAUCGUGCCGAGCACAUGGGCUUUGCCGAGUUGGGUCUGACGCCCGAAUCGCGCAACCUGGUCACCAUCUACUUUGCGCAGACGGCCUCGAAGAAGAACCCCUUUGGCAAGCCCUCUGUGGCGGACAAGAAGGUGGGCGUCCUGGGCGCCGGCCUGAUGGGCGCUGGUAUUGCUGAGGUUACCGUGAACAACGCGAAGAAGGACGCCGUCAUGAAGGACGCCAAGUCCGAGGGUCUGGCUCGUGGCUUGAGCCAGAUCUAUGGCAACCUGGACAAGAAGGCACGCCGCAAGAGCAUCUCGACCUUUGAACGCGACUCGAUCAUGUCCCGUGUCACGGGCGUGUCGGAUGCCGAUAGCAACUGGCAGCAACACUUCAAGGACGUGGACAUGAUCAUUGAGGCCGUCUUUGAGAACGUGGAUCUGAAGCACAAGGUCAUUCGUGAGUACGAGGCCGUGACCCCCGACCAUUGCGUCUUUGCCACCAACACCUCGGCCAUCCCUAUUUCCAAGCUGGCCGAGGCCAGCAAGCGCCCCGACAAGUUUGUGGGCAUGCACUACUUUUCUCCCGUGGACAAGAUGCCCCUGCUUGAGAUUAUCCGUCACCCCGGCACGUCGGACGACACUGUCGCGCGCGUUUACGACAUGGGCCUGAAGCAGGGCAAGACCCCCAUCAUCGUCAAGGAUGUGCCCGGAUUUUACGUCAACCGCUGCCUGGGCCCCUUCAUGGAUGAGGGCAUGGCCCUGCUCCUGGAUGGUGCCAAGAUUAAGGACCUGGACUCGGCGUUGACCAAGUUUGGCUUCCCCGUGGGCCCCAUGACACUGAUUGAUGAGGUGGGCUUGGACGUUGCCAACAACGUGGCCAAGUUCCUGGCCACCGACCUGGGUGCCCGCGUGGGCACGGCCGACCCCACGAUGCUGGACCAGGUUCUGGCCAAGGGCUGGUACGGUCGCAAGAGCGGCAAGGGCAUGCACAUUUUCCCCGCGGGUAAGGGCAAGAAGACGGUCAACCCGGAGAUGGAGGCCAUGAUUGAGGAGGUCAUCAAGCAGCGUGGCAAGCCCAGCAGCGGCCUGCUUUCCGAGGAGGACCUGCAGCUGCGCAUGGUGUCGCGCUUUUGCAACGAGACAGCCCUCUGCCUCCAGGACGACAUCAUCACUGAUCCCACAGCUGGUGACAUUGGCGCCGUGUUUGGCAUUGGCUUUGCUCCCUUCCGUGGCGGGCCUUUCCGCUUCAUGGAUGCCUACGGCGUGAGCAAGCUGGUUGAUCGCAUGCAGCGCUACCAGGACGUGUUUGGCGCGCAGUUUGAGCCCUGCCAGCUGCUCAAGGACAUGGCCAAGGACAACCGCAAGUUUCACAACUAG